AUGGGACUCGGGGCGAGUCAUUGCGCUAAAGUCUGGGCCCCAACAGAGGUGUCACUAACCACCAUGGUACUCGCCAUAAUAUUCAUGAUCGCCACUGUGCCGGGGAACCUGAUGGUCAUCUUAGCAGUCCUGUUCGACCCAAACAAAAACCUCCGGAGUCCCUUUACUCUCUUGGUUGCAAACCUUGCUGUGACAGAUCUUAUUGUGGGGGCCCUUGUGGAACCCCUGUCUGUCAACACACAUUACAGAGAAUCCCAGGGAAUGUCUAUCAGCAUGUCCUGGUUUUCCCAGUCCGUGUACUUUCUUUGUUGCACGGCCUCUUUACUAAGUCUUGCGGCGCUGACGGUUGAUCGCUAUCUCGCAAUCACCAAACCCCUGUGGUACCGAACCAACGCGAGUUACAAGCGAGUUGGUAUCGCCGCAUCUAUGGUGUGGAUCGUAUCUGGUUGUUUCACUUCUUUGUUCUUUUACGUUGGGUUCGUUGCAUACGCCUUUGUGUUUGCCAACAUCACCAUGUUCUGUACCAUCUUCAUUUUCAUUUUUUCGUAUGUGCGUAUUUUCCAGUACGCCAAAAAGCAGAUUGCCCAGAUCGACAGCCUCACCGAUGGCCAGUCAGAGCACAACAAAGCCCGUCAGCGAGCCAUUGAGAUGGAAAACAAACUCACAAAGACCUAUCUGAUCAUGCUGGGAGUCUUCCUGACUUGCUACAUCCCCUCUUGCAUCAUGAUCUAUCUCAUGAAUCUCUGCCAUGCUUGCAGUUGCUAUCUCAUUCACUGGCUGCGAGAUUUUCACUUUGUUUUCAUCACUAUCAAUUCUUUGAUCAACCCUUUUCUUUACGCAUUUCGCCUCCCAAACUUCAAGAGCGCUGUUAUGCGCAUGCUCUGUUGCUCUGGCCAAGUUGCUCCAGCACCCCGACCUGCCGUUCUUGCUAAUGGUCGUUACCACGCCACCUCCCAAAAUCAGGGCCACUCGAACCAGGGAUCACGAGGGAAGGAGAAUACCGUUCAAGCUUGGGAAUCUAAGAUGAAUGACGUCACUCACCAAACAACGCAAGAGAUGUCUACAGUGGCGUCCGCGUAAUUUGUUUAAGUUCAUCGUUAAAGACUUUGAAUUUCCACUACUCAUAUUCGUAUUAGAUAAACUGCUAACUGCUGUGAGCUUAACUAAACUAGAAUUGGUUCUGCCAUGUGAGCAAAUGAAAUGCUUAAGCGCAGCCAAAAGAUAACUGAGUUUAUGAUAUUACCCGUCCGGCCCAGUGCACAAUUUUGUUGGAAAAAACUUUAAGUCAAAUCUCAUACUCGCAUUCGUAGUCGUUCUCGUCUUCGAAUCUUAAGUUCUUUAUUACAGAAUACAGCAAAACUUCUAUUUGAUACUAUUAUUUAUCACUGAUGUAAGUUUCAUAUAAGGUCUUCGUUAGUUACGAGCUACUAAGAGCUUCACUGUUCAGAACGAUUUGGAAGCAAGAUUUAGUUGCUUACCGCAGUUUGCUCUCUUAGCUAGAGAUACUUCCUCCAUUCUGAGUAGCUCUGAGAAAAUUAAGUUGUAAAUACAUGUAUAUUAUGUGUACAGUGAAUGUGCCUGGUGUUUAAUUCUCUCGAAAAAAAAAAAAGAAGGGUAUUGAAAGGUACCCUGUGCUUGUAGUAAGAUAAUUUAAUAUGAAAAAAUGAUCGAUUGAGAAAAGAACUCACUUGUUAGUUAGGGGCUCUUUACAUGGAGGAAGGAAGAUCCUAGUACCAUGAAGAUCCUAGAAGGCGGAUCAACUGUACGUUGGGUUUACAUGCAGAAAUUUUGGUCCGUGUGGUACCCAAACAUAGAAUAUUUGAGAAGGAAUUAAAAAUGGCGGGCGACAAAAACAAACACACAAUUUGGACCGUUCUGCUCUCUUUACUGGCGUUAACAACUUCCUUUCAGUAGAAUUUUCAAAAUAAUCAGCUCGUGGUACUGGCGCCAAACGAAAUGGUCGGCCUUUAUUGCCAUGAUUAGCCACUGAACGACCCGCUGCUAUUUUUGUCUGUUUUUCCAUAGUACUAGGAUCUUCCUAGCGAAGGCAGUUUACAUGGUACUAGGAUCUUCCUAUUACUAGGAUCUUCCCACUUGUUAGCUAGGACAAUUCUAGUACUAGGAAGAUCCCAGCCCUAGGAACAAGUACAACCCUUUGUAUGUAAACCGAAUACAGAAAACAUAUGGCGCUAGGAUGAUCCACCUUCUAGGAUAUACCUGGUACUAGUAUCUUCCUCCCUUCAUGUAAACAGCCCCUUAGUUAUCGUGGAGUCUGUAUAGCCUUCCUGGCGUACCGUGUACAAGUAAAAGAAGUGCUACGACAGAAAGACUGAAGAACUGACAAUUUGACUGACAAUAGACGACUGUUUAACUGUGACAAUAGACGGAUCGAAACGCACCAAUUACUGAUUACGAGUCUUCAUAGCCAAUAACAUCACGGCUUAACUGACAGACGACCAAUAACAUCGCGACGUAAUUGACCAAUCAGAUCAAUAACCAGAGUACAAUACCAUCAACUGACGUGAUACAACUCACUUUGACUCUGAAGAUGACUACCGCACAGGUUGUCGAAACGUCAGUCAUUGUCCACAACAACAAUCCUAUUCAGGACUACGUUCACCCGGACGAUAAAACUCAACCUACUUUUGAAAUGACUCACCAACAUCGAUCUCAGAGUUCUUCUAUACAUAACCGCCAAAGAGAAAAAGUCAGAAAACGGCAAGAAGCGUGAAAUCUAGGGUCGAGAAUGCUUGAAGACAAACCAGAUCACUUGAAUUAACGUUCGUUUUCGUCCUGGGUUCAUUUUGUCAAAGUAAGGUUAACUUCAUUAGCGGCACAAGGACGUAACACUCUGCUUCCACCAGACUCCAAGCGACGCUACAACACUGACAACAACCAACAGCCGCAGCUUAGCUAAGAGUUCUAAUUAUUCGCAUGAUUGGUAUUGAACAUACCUUAAGGUGGCUCGACUGGAUUUUUUUAAGAGGAUACGUAACGUAAUGGCGUCAUUACGUUGCCAUGGCGACUCCGAUUGCAACAAAACCCAGAUCAUAAGAAAUUUUCAUCUUUAUAUAAUAGAGUUGUGCUAAUCUUUUUUCCAUAUCUUUACUCAUGGCGAUGCUCAAACUUGGGAGGUAUUAACCCCAACAAAUCCAGUCGAGCCACCUUAAAUCCUUUCCACACACCCUCAAGUAACCCCCCUCUCUAAUAAGCGCCCCGUUUUCAGGAGAAAAAAGUUUAUGAAGCCUCUUUCUCUUUUAAGCCCCUCUUACGUUCCCCCUUGUUCUUAAAAACAGACGCUAUUAAAAUUCACGACUGUCAACACAGGUGUCUUAUACCAUCUGGUGCAUCGACUGUUUUCCAAAUAAUUUAAAAUUACAAUCUUCUAUUUCAAGCAAUUUAUUACAUUAUGCAAAACAAGUUAUUAUAAAUAGCGACAGUUACAUACACACACGUACACAUGUUUCACCUACUUCUCUUUUCUUUUUAAAUUAAGCACUGGAACACAUGCUUCGCUAUCAUUUUUCUAGGUUUCAGCUUCUCGUUGGGGGGGGGGUAUAUUGAAAAAAUGAAUCUUUCAUUUAUUUGGUGACAUUUUGGAACACUGUAACACUUCGGGUGGACUAACCGUGUAUGAUUUACUUGCACGCUAAAAGCAGGGAUCUGCCUUUGAUCUUCGGCUGUAUGACUUCCCACUUCAUUUAAUUAAACUUUUCCACUUUCCCCUCUAGGUCUUUAUAAAACCAUCAUCUUUGCUAAUUAAUUAAGCCCCCUCCAGUCUCUAAUCAGCCAAAACCCCUCAAACAUGGUUAAAACAAGCUUUGAGUGGGGGAAGGAAGAGAAGAUUUAUCUUACCUAUGUAUAGAAUGCUGGUUUCCACUUAUUCUACAAGCUGUCAAUUUAUUUUCUUUUUAAAAAUUACUUCUAUAACUUCGUUCUUCGCAAUGGCCGUCCUUUAAAUGAAAAGUAGAAGGCGGACUGAAAGAUAACCUGCAUAACAAGCAACAAGACCGACAACAGUAAAAACAGCGAAAACACUCACAACAGUGACAACAGCGACAACAACGAUAACAGUGACAAAAGCGACAACAGUGACACUAGGAACAUCAGUGACAACAGUGACAACAGUGAAAAGAGUGACACCAGGAACAUCAGUGACAACGGUGAAAACAGCAACAACGGCGACAACAUUGAAAACAGCGACAACGGUGAACACAAUGACAACAGUGACAACGGUGACAAUGGUAACAACGGUGACAACAGUGACAACAGCAAAAAUGGUGACAACAGUGACAACGGUGACAAUCGUGAUAACGGUGACAACAAUGACAACGGUGACAAUGGUGACAACAGUGACAACCGUGACAACGGUGACAACAGUGACAACGAUGACAACAGUGACAACAGUGACAACAAUGACAACGGUGACAACAGUGACAACAGUGACAAUGGUGACAACGUUGACAACAGUGACAACCGUGACAACAGUCACAACAGUGACAAUGCUGACAACCGUCACAACGGUGACAACAAUGACAACAGUGACAACGGUGACAACAGUGAAAACGGUGACAACGGUGACAACGGUGACAACAGUGACAACCGUGAACACGGUGACAACAGUGACAACGGUGACAACAGUGACAACAGUGACAACAAUGACAAUGGUGACAACAUUGACAACAGUGACAAUGGUGACAACGUUGACAACAGUGACAACCGUGACAACAGUGACAACAGUGACAAUGCUGACAACCGUCACACCGGUGACAACAAUGACAACAGUGACAACGGUGCCAACGGUGACAAGGGUGACAACGGUGACAACAGUGACAACUGUAACAACAAUAGAAACAGUGACAACGGUGACAACAGUGACAACAAUGACAAUGGUGAAACAGUGA